CUUCUCCAGCUCUCCAGCUUGCAGACUCAAAUGAGCUGCAAACCUCUUUAGAAAAUCUUGGUUGGGCUUAGCAUCAUCCUCAGGUACCUCAGGAGGUACAUGUGGAGAUCAAACACCUAAAUUAAAUGGACAGCAAGUACUCGAGAAAAACUAUGCCAUUUGCUAUACUGAAAAUUGUUAAUUAUGAAAACUCUAACAUAUAUAUUUUGAAACAGCAUCGACACACAUACAACUAGCUUCUAAAGAGCAAUUUCAGCCUUUUCAGCCACACACAUCAGGAUUUAGGAGCAAAACUAUGCUAUCCUCAGAACUGCUUAUUUUGUACCUACCACAGAGAUAUACAGAGCCUGCAAUUUUCACUUGUAUUAGCAGUUACCAGUAUUUAAUUGCAUGACAGAAAAAUUGUUAACCCAAAACACAAAUUUAACACAAGUUAAAAACAAUAUAUAAAAUGAUUUUAAAUAAGCAUGCAAAUCAAAGCAGUUACGAUCGAGAAGCAGAAGCAUACUGAGAGUGAAACGUUCAUGUGGGUAGUCUGGUAUGUGAGCUAAGUAACAUUGAUGGCUACUGCAGUAAAAUGAGGUCUGAAACAUAUGUCCAUAUAUCACUGGCCUGGUAUAAUACCUGGGUAAAAAUGGUCAAACCUUUGCUAAUAUAAAGCAAAACUGAGGAGUGAGCAAAGGCAGUCCCUAAUCACAAUCUGGCAAGAACAGGGCUGAAUUGCAAAAACACAUACCUAAAAAGUACUAGACAUGAGUACUAGACAUUUUAGAGGGAUGGCAACAGAAUACCUUGUUAGGAAACAUCUUGAUACCAACAUACUUCCCCCAUAGAUAACAGGAACAUACUGACCUAGGUUCAGGAAAGGGUUCAAGGUAACAGCAUAACAAUGUUCUGCUCAAAUAAUGAUGUACAAAGUAAUGGGUGAUAACUAGUUACAUUAAGGGGUGGCAGCCUAAUACCUCAGGAGUGAUGUGUAACUUUUUGUACCUGUAUAUAAAAAUGUAUCCUAGGGUGGCUGUCACCGUCCAGCCUAGAGGGCAGUGAAAAGUCCCACCGCUGACUGAGCUGAUCCAUUGCAAUGGGCACAUGUGUGUUAGUGGUCUGGUAAAAGUCUCCUGAACACGAGGGCUGUGCUUCAUUGACAAUAAACCUGGCCUUGUGCCUUUGUCCUUUAUCUGAUUUUGCAGUCUUUGGGGGCUCUCCAGGGGUCUGCUGUGCUGGCUAUCUGCUCAGAGUUAAUGCAACACUCAGGGGGAGCACACACAUAUAGCCAAAUGGUUAUCAUUUACUAACGCAAAAUAUCUAUCAAAACACCACACUUCUAAUUACAGCCACAAAGAUAAAAGUUCAAAAAUGUGUCAAUAUUUUUGUUUGAUGAGAACAUAUCAUACUUUUCAAAAAAAAGAAGCAUACAUUUCUGGCCACAUUCACUCAGAAGUUACGUGAACACUAACUGGUUUGCCUGUGUGUGCGCGCGCAACUGAACUAUGAUAUUUUCAAACUAUGAUAUUUUGUUGAGAGUAACGAGCAUUUCACAAUUACGAACCACCACCAUUCCCAACAUGCUCAUAACUGAGCUUCUACUACACCUACACUCACAGGAGAGGCAUAGUUAAGCCACCUCCAUGAGAGUCAAUAAUUAUGUUGAUGGGAGAAACCUUCCCAUUAACCUUCUUUCCACACCAGGGGUUACAGUAGUAUAGCUGUGUUAUUAAGGGGUAUGGAUUUUUCACACCCCUAGAGUGACACCAUUAUACUGACGCUGCCAGUGUAGACCAAGCCUUAAGGUAAGUUUUGAAAGAAGUGUAUGUCCCAACAUUUAAUAGACACUUCAGAAACAUGCAGCAGGCAUAUACAUCCCUCUCUCAAUAUUGAUUCUUAAUUAUUUAUAGUAUAGUGCCUGCAAUUACUCACCACCUUCUUUUUUAAAACUACUAUUUUAGCCAAAGAAGAUACAAAUCUUUAUCAAUAUAUAGUUCCUCAAAUAGGGCAACGGAGUUAACACAAAUUGUAUUUAGGAUUGGAAAUACACAGACCAAAUAAGGUCAUUCCAUUUAACCUAGUGGACUUUUAUACACAGAUAUUUUGGUCAAAAGAGUAUAUGUAUCUGAUUAAAUCUUAUCAGAACAUGUGUCUGGAGCCAGUAAGCCUACUGACUGCACUUGGGGAAGCAUGACUUGAUAAUUAAUUUCUAUUAUUGCAGAUUCUUGCCCAGUGCCCUACAGAAGUCAGAGGUAGCAUUUGAUAUAUGGCAGUCCAGUGAAGAAAUUCUGUCUCUGGCUAGUCCCAUUAGAAGAGUUACAGAAAUGAAAAACCAGAUAACCAUUUCCAAAGGAAGACAAGAUAAAUACCCCAAUGCUCAUCAUUUGGUAAAAAUGCAUUCCCUAUAAUUGGGUUAAACCUUUAUAGUUUUUUGCUUAUGUACUACAUGAAUCACCAAAUUCACACUGUCCCAGAAAAGGAUCAGAUUGUUUAAAAGAAAGAAAAGAACACUGAAUGCAAGUUGUAUUAAGACAAUACAUACUGUAGGUAUUUCAGAAGAAAAAAUAUCAGGGUUUCUUACGCUCACUGGCUUCCAGUAUUUCUGCAAUACUUUGUGAGCUCUACCACUGAAGGAAAGCACUAAUGGCAGUGAGAUGUACAAACUCCAAUGACAUUAGUUGCUGCCAACUGCUUUGACUAAACCAAAACCAUGGUUUAUAGUAUGGUAGGAUAUACAUUCUGUUUUAUGUAGAAAAAUACAUUUUCAUAGAGCAGUGAAGGGGUUAACCCAAGCUAAUAUAUUUCAAUGCUUACAGCUCUUAGCCUCUGCAGAAGUAUAUCUGGAAUAAGAAAAUUGAAAUGUCUAACUUGGAAAAAAAAAGAAUUUUACGUUAUGGCACUAAAUAAAGAAAUACAUCUGAAAAAUAAACUCAUUUAUUUAAUGAUCAUCUCAUUUUCAUAUUACUUACUCAUCACUACUCUUGCACUGAAUAUGUAUCAUUUAUCAAAUAGAAGUAAAAACCUGUAAGCUUUCUGGCUGCCUUAGGAUUUAGUCAAAAUGAAUGCAAACAAUCACGUGGGAUUCAGCCAAGCAGUGACGUUAAAUUCUGCUCUGUCAGAAGACAGCAUCUGUCAAAGCCCACAUUUAAACUGCUGCCUGCCUGUGCAGCAGCUGAAGAACUAUGGAAUGGAUUUUAUAAACCAAAAUCCUUAGUUAAAACUGCUCAAAACCUUUUCAGUUACUGCCUAGCAACAAAGGAAGAAGGGAGGGAGAAGUAAAACCCAUUACUGAAUGCAGCUGAAUCACUAUAUUCCAGCACUUGCUGCUUAACAUUAUCACUAGAAAUAUGGAUACUGAGAAGAGAAUACAGCACCGCAUUGUCCAACAAGGGAAAUGCCAGAUGUAAAAGCUUCAAUGCAUCAAUUGUCAAGAGCAAAAGAACCCUGAUUGGAACACAAGCAAGAACUACUGUUCUUUUGUUUGAAAGAUGAACAAAAGACACCAAGACGUGGACACUUAUAAGCAAGGAAGGUAACACAGCAACAAGGAGACAGAUGGACAGAUUGGAUACCGUGAAAAGCAAUCGCAGGAAGCAGACAUUUGGGGAAUAUGCGCAUGUUCAAUAACAUCUUUUUUGCUGAAGUGAUGGCGUGUCAAAACUAUUUUCAGGGGGUAUAAACCUCUCACCGUAAAUGGCCUAAACAAGGAAGCAGAGCGACCUAUGUGCAGAGCAUUACUCCAGGUGAAUAUAAAAAGAUGAAUACCAAAGAAUAGCAGUGGAUUAAAAAGGAAAGAAGGAAAAAUUUUGUUCAACUGUUAUCUCGCAUUCCCUUGUUGGAUACAUACAACAUGCUUCAGUGGAGAAGACGACACUGCUGUUUUGCAAAAAUGACGUGGAAUACCAAAAGGUCUCUGUUUCGCACCCAUCUUAUUGGCCUGCUUUCUCUCGUGUUUCUUUUUGCUAUGUUUCUGUUCUUUAAUCAUCAUGACUGGCUGCCAGGCAGAGCUGGAUUCAAAGAAAAUCCUGUGGCUUACACUAUUCGAGGAUUUAGGUCUACAAAAAGCGAGACAAACCAUAGCUCUCUGAGGAACAUUUUGAAGGAUACAAUCCCUCAGACUCUUAGGCCUCAGACAGUCACUAAUUCCAACAACACUGACCUGUCACCACAAGGAGUAACUGGCUUAGAGAAUACACUCAGUGCCAAUGGAAGUAUUUACAAUGAAAAAGGUACCGGACAUCCAACUUCAUAUCAUUUUAAGUAUAUAAUAAAUGAGCCUGAAAAAUGCCAGGAGAAGAGUCCUUUUCUAAUACUACUUAUAGCUGCAGAACCAGGCCAAGUGGAAGCUAGACAAGCUAUUCGGCAAACGUGGGGUAAUGAAAGCCUGGCACCGGGUAUUCAAAUUGUUCGCAUUUUUUUGCUGGGUUUAAGCAUUAAACUAAAUGGAUACCUUCAACGUACCAUAUUGGAGGAAAGCAGACAGUAUCAUGAUGUUAUUCAACAAGAAUAUUUAGAUACUUACUAUAACUUAACCAUCAAAACUCUUAUGGGGAUGAACUGGGUUGCCACCUACUGUCCAAAUGUUCCCUAUGUUAUGAAAACUGAUAGCGAUAUGUUUGUCAAUACUGAGUAUUUAAUACAUAAGCUUCUGAAGCCAGAAUUGCCACCAAGACACAAAUAUUUUACCGGUUACCUAAUGAGAGGGUAUGCACCUAAUAGGAACAAGGAUAGCAAGUGGUAUAUGCCACCUGAUCUGUAUCCAAGUGAGCGUUACCCUGUAUUCUGCUCAGGGACUGGUUAUGUUUUCUCUGGAGAUUUGGCAGAAAAGAUAUUUAAAGUCUCCUUAAGUAUCAGACGCCUGCACUUAGAGGAUGUAUAUGUGGGGAUCUGUCUUGCCAAGUUGCGAAUUGACCCUAUGCCUCCGCCCAAUGAGUUUGUCUUCAAUCACUGGCGAGUUUCUUAUUCCAGUUGUAAAUAUAGCCACCUAAUUACCUCCCAUCAGUUCCAGCCUAGUGAACUGAUCAAAUACUGGAACCACUUACAACAAAAUAAGCACAAUGCCUGUGCCAAUGCAGCAAAAGAAAAAGCUGGCAGAUAUCGCCAUCGUAAACUGCAUUAAAAAGGACAAUACUCCAUCUAUAAAAAAUAUCCCAUGUGCAAUUUGUAAAUAUUGCUGAAAGCAUGUACAGUGAAAAACGGAUGAGCUUAAUGGGACAGUCUUUAUUUAAGCCCUCAUCACUUAAUGGAGUUUGAAAAUUAUUUUUUUAAUUUUAGAAAAAUAUAAUUCUUGACAAUAGUAAUAUUAUGAAACUAUAACCAAAAGGUUUCCCAAACAAAUUUGAGGAAAGAGAGAUGGUAUACAAGGAUUUUUCGUGUUAACGUGCAAUAAUAAGCAUGCACACUUUGGUGGUACAAUUGCUAUUUUAUGUGCCAAUAAAAUAUAAACGAGCAUAUUUUCCACAUUAAA